AUGGAUCCACUACAAGUUUCUGAGCAGGCCAAAGCUUCCUUGCAUCCUGUCGCUUCUCCCGAUGGCGCGUUUGUAGCCGCCGUGGCUGGCAACCGUUUACAAAUCCGCGCAGCCUCGUCGCUUUCCAUUGUCCGCAGCAUACCUUUGUCCACUGAAUACUCUGCCAGGAACCCGCCUGUCAUACGCUGGUCGCAAGCCACCAGCCGUCACGGUCUUCAUUUUCUAUUCGCCGACGAGCGCACCGUUCGCGUCUGGGACAUUACCGACUCUCGCUGGAAAGCCGUCAUUGACAAUGGCAGCGGUGGCAUGGGGAAGAUAUCGAACGUGGAGUUUGGCUCCUCACAGAACGAGGUUCUUGUUUUUUCCGACUUCGGGGCUCGGGUCACCGUGUGGUGCCUAAAGACUGGCCGUAGUGUGGAGAUUAGAGAUCCCAAAUACUACAGAGACUCGAGGGGAUAUGGAUACCGACCCCACGACCAGGUCUUUGCCCUCCUCUCCAGGGUUGGGCCACAGGACACACUGACCCUACAUGCACCCGGCACGUACUUCCUGCUCAAGACCGUCACACUGCCAAGCAGCGACGCUCAAGGCCUUCAAUGGAGUCCCGACGGGAAAUGGCUGGUCAUUUGGGACACUGCAAGCGUAGGGUUCAAGCUGUUUGUGUAUACAGCGGAUGGCCACCUCUACAGGACAUACAGCGGAGAUGAGGACGAGGAAAUCCGUGGACUGGGCAUCAAAAGCAUUGAGUGGAGUCCAAGAGGAGACUAUCUCGCAGUUGGCGGUUACAGUCAACGGGUGACACUGCUCAGCAUACGAACAUUCUCUCCGGCCGUGUUCCUAGACCACACGUCUGCCGUCCAGCUCUCGGCAGGCGAGGUUUGGCAGGAGCAGGUGUCCCCGAUGCGCGAGUAUACGUUGGUACCUCAGCCAGUCUCGCCGCCCGUUGCACAGGCCACCGCGGCGGAGACAGUUCCUAAGAUGGGCAUAUCUACACUUGCCUUCAACAUCAGCGGGGACCUCAUCGCCACCAGGGACGACUCUAUGCCAACAUGUGUAUGGCUAUGGGACUUGACGAGGCUUGUGGCGCGGACAGUUCUCAUACAGCAUGCGCCUGUCAAGAGUCUCUACUGGCAUACCAGCAUUCCAACUCUGCUUCUUAUUCAAUGCGUGCAAGAUGAUGCAAUCAUCUACCUGUGGGAUCUGGGGAGGGAAGGCGCAAGAGUAGUCAAUGUGCCGUUUGAGAAGCCGACCGGCAAGUUGGAGGCCCAGUGGCUGCGUUAUGGCGCAGAAAGGCGCCCGUCCUUGGUUCUUGGCAACUCCCAUGGCUUUGUGACGGUGUGGCCGGACGGCAAAGACGCCAUGCUGAAAUUCAAGCACUCUAGCAGCCGUCCUGGCACGCCUGGCAGCACGGAUGAGGGCGAAGACUCGCUAUAUAACAUAUUGACGGGCCGCACGCCAGUGCCUGCGCUGAAAGACUCAGGGUCUCUUGAAGAUCAUGAGAACUCUGCCGAGAGUACAGUGCUGGAGGACACCUUCCUCGGAAAGAGGCACCUAAGGGACCCGCUGCAAGAUUCCGAGUGCUUCUGA